GCCUAUCGACCGAAUGGAAUUCUAGCGUUUUGCUGUCAUUUUGAUGUUUUCCUCCAGUCUUCAUCAGAUCUACUGGGUACUUCCUGCGAGAUGGGAGCUGGAGCUCUCACCAUCUGUCAAAGUAACUCAGCAGUUCGGCUGAAAGAAGACAUGAAAAAGAUUGUGACAGUGCCACUCAACGAGCAGAGGAAUUCCACCUACACAAAGUUAUUUGGAGUCAGUCUCCAAGACCUCCACCAGCAGGGGCUGACUGAGAACGGCGUUCCAGCCAUCGUGGGGCGCCUAGUGGAGUACUUGACCAUGCAUGGACUCACCCAGGAAGGCCUUUUUCGGGUGAAUGGCAACGUCAGGGUGGUAGAACAGCUUCGAUGGAAGUUUGAGAGUGGGGUGCCCGUGGAGCUGGGGAGGGACGGCGACGUCUGCGCGGCGGCCAGCCUGUUAAAGCUCUUCCUGAGGGAGCUGCCGGAGGGCGUGAUCACCUCGGCACUGCAGCCUCGGUUCAUUCAGCUCUUUCAGGAUGACAGAAAUGAUGCUCAGGAGAGUAGCUUAAGAGCCUUAAUAAAAGAGCUGCCAGACACCCACUACUGCCUCCUCAAGUACCUUUGCCAAUUCUUGACAAAAGUAGCCAAGCACCAUGUGCAGAACCGCAUGAAUGUUCACAAUCUCGCCACUGUAUUUGGGCCAAAUUGCUUUCAUGUGUCUCCUGGGCUUGAAGGCAUGAAAGAGCAAGACCUCUGCAACAAGAUAAUGGCUAAAAUAUUAGAAAAUUAUAAUACCCUGUUUGAAGUGGAGUAUGUAGAAAAUGAUAACCAGAGGUGUGAAAACCGAGCGAGGCUCAUCAUAGUAAAAGAGGCCAAUUGUAAGAACAUCCUUCUAACAAAAGACUUCGUGAGAGACACACAAAAGCCAUCUCCAAAAACCAAGAUCCCCAAAUCUCGGAGUGAGGGAUCUAUUCAGGCCCACAGGGUACCGCAUCCAGAGCUGUCCGAUGGCGUUCCUCAGGUCAGCCUGCAGCUAAGUCAGAGAAAUUCCUGCUGGGAUGACAUGAAUUCAGCAGAGGAUGCUAAUGCUGUCAAAUUGCUCUCCAGUUCGCAGGAAGAUGAAAGACCUAUGUCACCUUUCUAUUUGAGUGCCCACGUAUCCCAAGUCAGCAAUGUGUCGGCAACGGGCGAACUCUUAGAAAGAACCAUCCGGUCAGCUGUAGAACAACAUCUUUUGGAUGUUAAUAGCUCUGGAGGGCAAAGUUCAGAGGACUCAGAAUCUGGAACAUCAUCAGCAUCUUUCUCCACAUCCACCAAACAGCGACGACGCCAGUCCAAGGAGCAGGAUGAAGUUCGACAUGGCAGCGACAUGGGACUUAUCAACAAAGAAAAUAUUCCUUCUGGGUUCAACAACCUUGAUGAAUGUAUUUUGAAUGCUCAUCAUGAAGUAGAAAAAUUACAUGAAAAUACUUCUGGUUAUAUUGGAGAAAGGGGCAAACCGAAACGUCAGAAAUCCAGUUCCAGACUUUCUGAGCUCAGUGAACAUCAAGAUAGUCUUGUGAAUAUGGAAAGUCUCAAUCCCACACCAUCUCCUGAAAGGAUUGGACCUGAUGAUGUUGAACUGACAUCUGAUGGAAGCAAAGAAAAUGAAAAGGACUGCAGACAGACCCAGCAUUCUGAGGACCCCACCAUGAAGAUCCAGGAGCGUCCCAGCCUACCUGACAGCAAGCUGCAGAGGACUCCAAAUGCUGAUGACCAGCAAGAGAGCUUUGUCUCCGGAGCGCCGGAGCUGGACCUGACUGCAUUGUGCGAUGAGAAGAGCUGGGAAGAGCCCACCCCGGCUUUCUCCUCGUGGCAGCAGGAGAGUGUACACGCUGACGAAGCACGCCUCUCCCCGCAGGCAGGGCGCCUGAUUCGGCAGCUCCUGGAUGAGGACAGCGGCCCCAUGCUCUCUCCCCGCUUCUACGCUUACGGGCAGAGCAGGCAGUACCUGGACGACACGGAAGUGCCCCCUUCUCCCCCCAAUUCCCAUCCUUUCAUGAGGCGACGCAGCUCCUCUCUGGGCUCCUAUGACGAUGGGCAAGAGGACCUGACACCUGCGCAGCUCACGCGAAGGAUUCAGAGCCUGAAAAAGAAGAUCCGAAAGUUUGAAGACAGAUUCGAAGAAGAGCGGAAGUACAGGCCUUCCCACAGCGACAAAGCAGCCAAUCCGGAGGUUCUGAAAUGGACAAACGACCUUGCCAAAUUCCGGAAACAACUUAAAGAGUCAAAACUGAAGAUAUCGGAAGAGGACCUAAGCCCCAGGAUGCGGCAGCGAAGCAAUACUCUCCCCAAGAGUUUCGGCUCCCAGCUUGAGAAAGAAGAUGAGAAGAAGCAGGAGCUGGUAGACAAAGCCUUAAAGCCUAGCGUCGAAGCCACGCUGGAGUCCAUCCAAAGGAAGCUCCAGGAGAAGCGGGUGGAAACCAGCCGUCCUGAGGACAUUAAGGAUAUGACCAAAGACCAGAUUGCUAAUGAGAAAGUGGCCCUGCAGAAAGCUCUGCUAUAUUAUGAAAGCAUUCAUGGACGGCCGGUGAGCAAGAAUGAGCGGCAGAUUAUGAAGCCGUUGUACGACAGGUACCGCCUGGUCAAACAGAUCCUGUCGCGAGCCAGCACUGUCCCCAUCAUUGGUUCCCCUUCCAGCAAGCGGAGAAGCCCUUUGCUGCAGCCAAUUAUCGAGGGCGAAACUGCUUCCUUCUUCAAGGAGAUAAAGGAAGAAGAGGAGGGUUCAGAAGACGAAAGCAGCACAAAGCCAGAGUUCACCGUCACCCUGAAGACCGAUUUCAGCGCACGUUGCUUUCUGGACCAAUUUGAAGAUGUCACUGACGGCUUUAUUUCCCCGAUGGAUGAUAAAAUACCAUCAAAAUGCAGCCAGGAUACCGGACUUUCAAAUCUCCAUGCUGCUUCGAUACCAGAACUCUUGGAACACCUUCAGGAAAUGAGAGAAGAAAAGAAAAGGGUUCGAAAGAAACUUCGUGAUUUUGAAGACAAUUUUUUCAGACAAAAUGGAAGAAACGUCCAGAAGGAAGACCGCACCUCUAUGGCUGAAGAAUACAACGAAUACAAGCACAUCAAGGCCAAACUGAGGCUCCUGGAGGUGCUCAUCAGCAAGAGAGACACUGAUUCCAAGUCCGUGUGAGGAGGCAGCCCUACCCGAGCCAAGGGGGCUGGGGGUGCAGGGUGAAUGUGCCCCCCACCUCCCCUGGCAGAUAGCAGCUCUGCAGAAACUGGAAGGCAGCCUUGGAGCUGGACCUACAAAGAGAGUAGCUCUUCUGCCUCUGGGCCACUGGGAUCGUCUCCAGUUUCCACUGCCUGCCUUGGAAACCGCCUAGAUGGAAGGAGCGCACCUGCCCCCAUGUAGGAGUUGUGUAAGGGAAAGUCGAGAUCUCUGUGCACCCGAGCGCUCACAGACACACACAGAUGCUGUAGCGGAAGCUUCGCUGACAACUGGCAGCGACGAAUCACUACAUUGAGACACACUCAUCUACAGAGGAUACACACUGUUCUUCUGUGGAUAACUGAGAAGCAGCCUGUUCUCUGUCGGACUGUGACAAAAACAAGCUCAGGACUUCACUCUGUAGAGCGAACUUGCUGUGCACAUCCAGUGCAGGUGCCCAAGAGAGCAUGGGCCCAGCCCAAGAGAGCACGGGCUCUCUUUGGACCCAGUCAAGUGGGAACCUGCAUUGGAGCCCUAUUUGCUGCCUCGACCAUCCUCGUGACCUUUCCACAGAGCUGCGCCUUUCCCCACUCGUGUGAAUCGCUUCCCCUUUAGCUCUCAGGUGGAUGGAUGGAAGCCGCGUCUGCCCAGAACGGCCGUGCAGUUCUCUAUUUGACCGUGUGUUUCUUCACGACGUCCUCAGCUGAUAGAGAGCUGUGAUCCCUGACUAGGGCUGGACCAUCUGCAGAGGACAGAGGGGAUAGAGAAGUAGCUAAUAUUUGUGCUGAUUUUUAAGUUAGGCAGCGGUGAAGAGCCUGGAGAAUCCUUUCCUGAACGUUGACUGCACUUAUUAGCCGCAGAUUGUAACGUCAAACACUGGGCGAGGCCAGCAGCGUACUGGGGGCUUGGUUUUGUUUUGGCUCUAGCCGAACAAAAGGGUCUUGCUUAAUUCUUAGCUUAAGUGUAGAGGAUCGUGAGAGAGAAUGAGCCUCCUGAGGACUUACCAGAGUUUUAAUUUUUUUUCUUUUUUUUUUAAGUAAACCUGCACUAAAAAUCUCCUGAAGGGGCAGCUGACACGGCCAAAGCUCCAAGAGAUGGUGAUCUACGUGUCAGCCGCUGCGCCGUGGCCUCAGCCACUUUCCAGAGUAGAGAUCGCGCCCUUGGGGCAUCCACACUCUUCCACCGUGAUCCUU